AUGGAGACUCAGGCUUCACCCGUGGCCAUCCAACGAAGCAUCUGGAAUGGGAGGAUACCAUUGGAGAUCGUUCUUGCGCCUUCUGAGAGCCGAGUCUAUGACCAGACUGAUCCAUACCUUAUCUCCUGCCAUCGCAUUUCAUACCUCCCCUCGCUGCUACCAAGACUUCGAGCAUUCUUCUCGACGUCGUUGAUAGAGCCCGACUCUCAACACCACGAAGGCUGGUUCGCUUUUGAAGGCGUGCCUCUGAAAUGGCACUAUCCUAUCGGCCUAUUGUUUGACCUCUAUGCUGGUGCAGACCCUGCCAGCAGGAGUAACAGUCCAAACCUCGAUGGACAAGAGAAUGAAUCACCGCUCCCAUGGCGCCUGUCCGUCCAUUUCAGUGACUGGCCCGUCGAAGACCUCGUCCGUCUCGAUACAGAUGGUAUGGUCAUGAACGACGCGUUCAUUAACAGCGUCAAAGAAGCAGAUUUUAUGCGCAACGGAACUGCGAAAGGUAUCAUGAGUCUUUCUAAGGAUGACUCUUCCGGCCUGUGGAAGGCUGUUGAGAAUGUGGACCUUCCUUCCUACCAGCGAAUCUCAAAUAUCCUUAUGCCUCCGUUAUCGCAACCAUUCCGCAACGUACCUAUCCGCAUCUUCCUCCCACUUCCGCCCGAUGAGGAUUCUCCGCUGCUCAAAGUAGUGCAGACACAACUCCCUCCCUCUAUACCAACGUCGAGCAUCCAGGCUAGUCAAAUUAUGAAUUCUCGGGCUAGUCCGAGUACACAGCCCCAGACGGUCGGGGGUGUAUUACAUACGUUGCUUCCAAACCUGUUUCCCAGCCGACGAAUUCCAGUUCUUGCGAAACCUGUGUUACAUGGGGCGGUACUUCCUAUGUCUGCACCCAUUGAAGAAGUGGUGAGGUGCUCUGCGUACGGGGAUGGCUGGGCAUAUGUCGUUGUGAGAAUGAUGGGCUAG